AUGCAAGAUAAAGCUGCCGGAGGAAAGAUAAGCAAAACCAAGGUCGUCUCUGCAAUACUAGCCUUUGCCAACAUAGCAAACUGUGGAGUAUUAAGCGGAGGAAUCAGCACAGACUUAACCCCACCCAUCUCUUCCUCAUAUGGAAUUGGAUAUGGCUCUGGAGCAUCACACAUCGCCAUCGAAGGCAGUCAUAGUGGUCUAGGUGUUGGCUUAACGGCUGGUUUAGGACAUGGAGCACUAUCAGCUGGUCCAGCCCUUGAAGUUGGUGCUGCAGUUACACCUGGAUUAGGAGCGUAUGCCUCUACACCAAUCCUAUCCGCAGGAGGAAUAGGACAUGGUAUUGGACUAGGAAAUAGUAUUGGAUUAGGAAGCGGACUUGGCAUCGGUAUUGGUAGUCUAGGAGGUGGAUAUGGAGGUAGUUACGGAGGUAGUUACGGAGGUGGUUACGGAGGUGGAUAUGGAGGUGGAUUUGGAUACGGAGGAGGUGCCGGAUUCGGAAGUGGUUCUGGAUUUGGUGGAGGAAUCGGAAUCGGAAUAGGAAACGCCGGUACAAUCAACGGAGGCACCACCUACUCCCAUCAAACGCAAACAGUGAACGUACCAGUGCCAGUACCACAACCGUACCCUGUCAGCCGUCCAGUUCCAGUACCAGUUCCCGUACCUAGACCCGUGGAAGUACCAAGACCUGUUCGCGUAGAAGUACCCCAGCCAUACAAAGUCGUUGUAUCCAGACCCUACCCAGUGCCAGUACCUCGUCCAUACCCAGUACCAGUGAAGGUAAAGGAAUUUGUAAAGGUACCAACUCCGGUUCACGUGAGGGUACCCAAGCCUUAUCCCGUAUCUGUACCAAAGCCUUAUCCAGUUUCUGUACCAACUAAGGUCGAAGUAAGUGUACCAGUACCAGUUGCAGUUCACACCGAUGCCCAUAUUGGGGUUAGCGCGGGACAUGGGGGUAUUGGAGGUGGGUCUUUCAUCGGGGGUCACGGGGUAGGCUAUUCUGGUUACUCUGACUUCAACUACAGCGGUAGCGGGUCUUUCGAAGACCACGGACACGGCCAUGGAACACUGUACGCCAGUAAUGGAGGUUACAAAUACUGA